UGCGAGCGCUUUGAAACCGCUUCAUUUGGCUCCAUGGCCGAGAAGCGGCGAUCUCCGUGCACCAUGAGCCUGAAGGCGCACGCAUUUUCCGUGGAGGCGCUGAUCGGUGCGGAGAAACGGAGAAAACUCGAAGACGAGGAUAGCGAGAGCUGUUUCGGGGAGGUAAACGAGGUCGCGAGCCUCGCCGGGAGUGCGUGCGGCGGCGGUCGGAACUGUGACACGGACUGUGACGCUUCCCCGGACUGUGAGGACGUUAGCGCGGACAGUCCUCGGCCUGCAUCCCGGAGCUCCCAAGUGCUCGCGUCACCGCCGCCGCCAAGCGCGCGAGCCGCGGACGAGAUGCGCGUGGAGCUGCAGGGCUCGGACCUGUGGAAGCGCUUUCACGACAUCGGCACGGAGAUGAUUAUCACCAAAGCAGGCAGACGAAUGUUCCCUGCAAUGCGAGUAAAAAUUACAGGACUGGACCCUCAUCAGCAGUACUACAUCGCUAUGGACAUUAUACCCGUAGACAAUAAACGUUACAGAUACGUGUACCACAGUUCGAAGUGGAUGGUGGCGGGAAAUGCAGAUUCCCCCGUACCUCCACGUGUGUAUAUUCACCCGGACUCUCCUGCUUCCGGUGAGACGUGGAUGCGACAGGUCAUUAGCUUCGACAAACUCAAACUGACCAAUAACGAGCUGGACGACCAGGGCCAUAUCAUUCUACACUCUAUGCACAAGUACCAGCCUCGCGUCCACGUCAUCCGUAAAGAGUGCGGAGACGAGCUCUCACCCAGUAAGGCCGUGCCGACGGGUGAUGGUGUGAAGGCCUUCUCCUUUCCCGAAACAGUGUUUACCACCGUCACGGCCUACCAGAACCAACAGAUUACAAGGCUGAAAAUAGACAGAAAUCCAUUUGCGAAAGGAUUCAGAGAUUCGGGGCGAAACAGGAUGGGACUGGAGGCUCUGGUGGAGUCGUACGCUUUCUGGAGGCCUUCACUCAGAACCCUGACGUUUGAGGAUAUACCAGGAAUGACUAAGCAAGGUGCAGCAGGCUCUCAUGGAGUGGUCGGGUCUUCAGCGCACUCUCACUUACUCUCUCCAUCAUCAUGCUCCUCACCAGCAUUUCACCUGGCUGCAGGGGCGGGGUCUGUGUGUGACUACACUGCCUGCAGUCGAACCGGCCAUGCUCUUCACCGAUUUGCAACACCUCUCACUGCAGACUCGUAUAGCCGAUUGGCCAGCCCUGCAGCCGAUGCCUUUUCCUCAACCAGAAACUCUGCUUAUGUGGGCGGAUCAGACGGAGAGGCGUUUUCCUGCACACAGACUGGCCUUCCAAUCCAGCUCCCCGGUAUGCCUGGUCACGCCCCCCAGCUCCAGUAUUUUAUGCCCAGCCAUGCUCACAAUGCCUUCUCCACCAAUCAGAGUGCACAGAGCUCGUACAAUGGCUUCAGGCUCCAUAGUCCGUAUGGCCUUUAUGGAUACAACUUUUCCACCUCACCACGAUUGGCUGCUAGUCCUGACAAGAUGGCUGCCACACAGAGUUCGGUCCUGGGCUCGUCCCCAAGCGGUACUUUGACAGACAGGCAGGUUCUGUCCCCUGUGGAUGGUCUGCACAUGCUCAGUGGGAGUCAACAAUCUCUGUUUGACUCACGGACAUUGGGACUGACAACUCCAACCUCUCAGGUCACAGCCCACAUGGCUUGAACUAUGAACUUUGACCCCCCCACCAUGACAUGGACAUAGGCAGGUGGACAAAAUGAUAUGGAGGUCCCUUUAAGCUCUCUUUACUGGACAGUUCAAUGAGAUUUUUUUUGACAAAGGUAAGGAAUAACGUAACAUAUAUUAUUGUAUUAUGGAUCGAGAGCACCAAAGGAGGAGAGUAUUGGUUAUGUCUAGUAUUAUUGGUAUCGGAGGUUAUAGUGAGACCUUGAGUGUUGCCUGUGGUUAAAAAACUCCUACUAGGUUCUGCAUAUGGUUAAGAGCUCAUGCAUUGCUGGCCAUGAGAUUGUACUUUAAAUGGUAAAGCAUGGGCUUCUACACAGCGAAAUAAAAAUUCCUCCAUCGUCUAGGACAGACCUGGACACAGGCACAGCAAGACUGGACACCACAUCUGCCUUAAAAAGUACUUUAAAAGUUUGGAGAGCACUUCUCGCUCUCUUUACUGCACACACUUACUUUUCAGUCAUACACUCCCACAACUAAAUGCAAAAAAAAAAAAAAUUGGACUUCUCCUUACUGUUAGUACAGUGAACAGUGCCUAUUUAUCUGAGCGAGUUUCCGAGAGAGACUCCUGGUAUGAGCUGACCCAGAAUUCGAUUUAGUUUCUUACCAACUGAGCAGCUGGGAGCCUGCGAGACCAGAAAGAGGACGUGGCCAACGUCAUGGCAUAACCGGGCUUUUAGUUAGGAAACAAAUUAAAAUGUAUAGUCCCACUGCAACCGAGCAUUGAGUUUUGGCUCCCAAUGUAUUUGGUACUUUUUUGGUAUAAGCAGAGCUUUCAAGCAGGAAAUCAGCAGCAGUCUGUAUGGGGUUUAGAGUCGGAUGCCCAGAUUUAGCGACUCCACUGCUUAUGGCCUGAAUGACUUCCAGCUAGCAUCAUAGUUUAUGGUGCUUAAGUUGAAAUUGGAAAGGUAAAGCAACAGUGAGUGAAAAAAAAUAAAUAAAUAAAACUCUGGCUCUUGUUUACCGAGCUGCAAUGUGGAAAUUUGAUCUGCACUUCUUUACCGAGUUGAUGUAGAAAUAAAGGCCAUGACAUUGUUCAACAAACAUACAGUUACAAAUGCAUGCUCUGGCAACCUCCAUGAGGUUUCUUGGCUCACCCUGGGUCAGCUUUUAGUACCAGUGAACUGAAGCUGAAAAGUUAAAGCUUCAGUUAUUCAAACACAGUUUAUUAUUUCCUCUAGCAGACAUAAUAUAUAAGCAUUAAUAUGUCUGUUUUUUAAAGCAGUUAUGUAUAAAUAAUGAAAAAGAUUGAUAUUAAUGUUAUUCUUGGACAAUUUCACUCGUGCACUUAUGGCAUUUUUUUUUUUAUCUUUGAUGUUUGUUAAGUGGCCAAAACUGACACUUUGGACAUAUUUUUGGCCUGGGAAUUACAAACAAACCCUAUUGAGCCAAAUAAAAUAUAUGCAUAUUGUACAA